AUGCGUGGGAUCCAGAUUGCUGAAUAUAGUCCUAACGAGCUCAAAGUAACAGAGCUCCCUGACCCGUCACCCAAGCCGAAUGAGUAUGUCGUGCAGGUCCACGGCGCGGCUGCCAAUUUCUUCGACAUCCUCCAGAUCCAGGGCAAAUACCAGAACCAGCCACCCUUCCCAUGGGUAGCCGGCUCCGAGUUCUCAGGCGUCGUCGUCUCCGUACCGGCUAACUCGAGCUCGGCCAAGCCCCCUCGCUUCCCCGUGGGCAGCCGCGUGUUCGGCGCCAGCCAGGGCGCCUUCGCGACCAAACUGACCGUCCCGGAGAGCGCUCUGCUCCCCGUGCCCGAGGGGUGGUCGUUCCAGGAGGCGGCCGGCCUGUUCGUCACCGCGCCCACCAGCUACGGCGCGCUGGUUGUCCGGGCCGGCAUCAAGGCCGGCGACAUUGUGCUGGUCCACGCCGCCGCUGGAGGUGUCGGCCUGGCCGCUGUUCAAGUCGCCAAGGCAUUCGGCGCAACCGUCAUCGCAACGGCGUCAACAGAUCACAAGCUGGAGAUCGCGAAGCGCUUCGGCGCCGACCACGUGGUCUCCUACAGCGAUAAGUCGUGGCCGCAGAAGGUCAAGGCCCUGACCCCCAAGGGCCGCGGCGUCGACAUCGUGUACGACCCCGUCGGCCUCGUGGACCUCUCCACCAAGUGCACCGCCUGGAACGGGCGCAUCCUCGUCGUGGGGUUCGCGGCGGGCAGCAUCGAGAAGGUGCCCACCAACAAGUUCCUCCUCAAGAACAUCUCGCUGGUGGGCAUCCACUGGGGCGCGUAUACCCGGAACGAGCCCGAGGUGAUCCUCACAGUCUGGAAGGGAAUCAUGGACCUGGUCAAGGCCGGGAAGAUCAAGGGGACGGAGUACUCGGACCAGGAGUUUGUUGGCUUGGAGAGGGUUUCCGAUGCGCUGACCGCGCUGGGAAGCCGUGGGACAUGGGGUAAGGUUGUGAUUAAAGUCCCCCAGGAGGGUAGCAGCAAGCUUUAA